AAGGAAAACCCACUGUUUAAAAAAUGUAAAGAGCCUUCUAUCCAAAUUUUCAAACAAGAAAUGUGAAACAAAGAAAUGGGACAGAAAGGGAAAGAUUUUGAAAUAUUUAAUAGUAUGUUCUCUUACGAAAAUUAAUGAAUUUAAUUAAUUAACAUAUUAAUCAAUCUAACGCGAUUCUCGAAUGAAUUUCAACCUAACGUAAUUUCCUAUCAUACUAACCAUACAAAUCUCUCUGUCUCUCCCUCUCCUACUUUUUCGCCAUGGCUCCUCCCUGGACAGACAUCGUAUUCGCUCUUUGAAACAGCAACAUAUGAAAAGAAUAGAGAAAGGAGGGGGAAACGUGUCGGAUUAUCCGGCGGCCGGCCUGAUCGGACCUAGAAAGGCGGUUGUUCUAAGGUUUCCGCGUUUGGCGUAGGAAGCCAGCCCGUGGACUGGCUCGUGCCUUGACAGAGUGAGACACAAAAACAUCAGGCCGAGAAUCCGUCGUUGUGGAUCGUUAAACGUCGUUAAAAAUCGACGCCGGUGUGCAAACGUACGCUACAUACGUUAUACUCCUACCACUUUCUUCACCCCUUCUACGAGGAUGGACCGUAACGAGAGCGCAAACGAGGGCGGAAGCUCGCCGGAUACGGUGAUCGCGCGCUCCUCGUCCGAAGAGGAGCGGAACAGGUUCGCGUGCAGCACUUCCGGUGAAUACGUGACCGUAGGUGACAGCAGCUCCAGCGUGGACACGGUCACGAGCGUUGGAACGACGACGAACGUGGCCACCGGUGACCCACCGGCCGCAGACGAUAAGAAAAAGGGAAGAUUCGGAGCUUUGAAGAGCAGCUUCCGGAAGGAGGGAGGAUUGUUCAAGAUUAAGCGGAAGAACAGGCAGCUGGACGAAUCGGCUGCCGAGCCUGAGCUGGAUGUCGAGGAAAAAGAAACGGGUCGGAAGCGGAGUUCAGUGGAGGAGGAGGACGACCGCAAGGUCGUCGUUGGUCCAUCGACGACCUUGAAGAAGAAGAAGAAAAAGUCGAACUCGUUGGUGCGCAAAUUGAGCCUGAACAAAUUUCGUCUGUCGACGGAGCAGGAGCCGAGGCACACGCCCGAGGGUGGUGACAGCAGUCGAUCACAGAGCCAAUCGUCGCAGGAAUUGUCUAGCCUCUCCGACAGCCCGUCGAGGACCGCGAGGAAGGGGCAAGAGAUCGAGAGGCUUGGCCAUCGCGACGGAUACGAGGCCGACGAGCAGCCUGACACGUUAUACGACGUGGACAGGGAGAAGGGAGAGCCGAGGAAACCGGAGAAACCGACGGAGAAACCGGUGAGCACGGUGACCGUAGUGCAGCGCAAGUCGCCGUCGUUAACCAUCAGGAGCUUUUCCUCGAAGAGUCAGUACGAUUCCCAAUCCUCGGAGAAAUCUCCUCGUCUGGAAGCUCGGUGCAGCUCGGCGCUUCCCUAUGCGCUUUCAAAAUGGGCGGAGCAAAAGCCGCCGAAACCAACGUCGACCGAACCAUCUAGAAAAUCCAAAUUGAACACGAAAUCCGAGUCCGAGUCUGGAAUACCAAAAUCGUCCCCUCGCGAGGUUAGACGAAAAUUGUCCUUAUUGGAGGAGAAACGGGCGAUCUUUCAGCGUCGUUUGUUUGAAACUACUCGUGACACGGAUUCGGGCGAGACGGUGAUCGCUGUUACCGUCGACGACGACGAUAAAUCGCCGUCAGUGAAGGAGGAGGAGAAACAAGAGGAGAAUCGAACGAAGAAGAAGGCGAGGCAUAUCAGUGUGAAAAAGUUCGACACGUUCUCCACGUUCGAGGGUACGUUCGACGAGGAGACUGGAGUUGGCUAUCUGGCUGGUAUUGAGGAGGAUUAUACCGAGAGCUACGAUAGACAGCACGAUAGUUACCUGGCUACAGUGGGGUCGAUGAUGGCUGACAACGCGGAGAAGAGCAAGGUCGUCAGUCAGGAUAGCAUGUCGUCACAGAACAAUGCGCCGAAUGCCGGAUUAGGCGAUAAACGAGAACACUUGUAUAAAAUCCUGGUAAUUGGCGAGCUGGGCGCUGGAAAGACGUCAAUUAUCAAGAGAUACGUUCAUCAAUUCUUCUCGCAACAUUAUCGCGCGACAAUUGGCGUUGACUUUGCACUGAAAGUGUUGAACUGGGACUCGCACACGAUCAUAAGGCUGCAGUUAUGGGAUAUCGCAGGUCAAGAGAGGUUUGGCAACAUGACGAGAGUGUAUUACAAAGAAGCAGUAGGCGCGUUUAUAGUAUUCGACGUGACGAGAAGCGCGACCUUAGACGCAGUGGUGAAAUGGAAACAAGAUUUGGACUCGAAAGUGCAACUUUCUGACGGUUCACAGAUACCUUGCGUCCUUCUUGCGAACAAAUGUGACCAGCAGAAGGAAGGUCUAGUGAAUUCACCAGCGAAAAUGGACGAAUAUUGUAAAGAAAAGAAUUUCGCCGGAUGGUUCGAGACUUCGGCCAAGGAGAAUAUUAAUAUCGAAGAGGCUGCACGAUUUCUUGUCAAUAAAAUACUUCAGAACGACCAGAUGAUGAAAGGUAAUGGCACCCAGGAUCAGACAGAUGGCGAGCGGUUCGCAUUGAAUCAAACGCCAACGAGUUCAAAGAAAUCCUGUUCCUGCUGACGAAUCGGUAACCAACCGAUAGCAGGAUCAUCCGGUCCGUUAUUGUGGUCCUGCCAUCACCGUUUAACCAUCGGUGCCAUGACACGAGAGUGCAGUUCUGCUUGCUCCGCGUCGACCAUCACCGUCGUCGCUGGAUCUCGUCUCGAUCGUGUAACCAAUUUCCUCCCUGAGAAACGAACCAUAAUAACGAUCAUUCCAUCGAUCAAAGUCAUCUUUUGUAAGAUUUCGAUGCUUCCUCGUACAUCGUCGAUGGUUACUGAUUGAGAAUUUAUGAAAAUCGAGCAUAAUUCUUCCAUUUUAUCUUUGUAAAUAUGCAUACAUAUAUAUAUAUAUACAAUGACGGACAAAAGAAAGUUUAAACGAUACUGUUUUAUUAUGACUUUAUUCGAGUUUUAGAAAGCGGAAUUCUAUUUUACGAGUACGAUGAAUAGAGAUGAUAUAUAUAUUCGAAGAUGGUGAAAAACAUCCAGUACGAAGUUACCAAUACUCGUAUAUUAUGGACUGAGGGUUUUUAUACAUUUAUAGGAAAUUUAUAGGAAGGUGCAAAAUUGCACGGAAUGCACAUAAUAUGAUCCACGCUAUAGUGCUUCGCAUAACACUUGUUAGAUAAAACAAUUUUCCAUCGAGAUUCCACUGUUUCAAUUAUAUCCUCAACAAUAUUAAUUUGUAUAAAAAUCUCCAGUCUAAGAGUGUGCAAUUUUAAACUUUCUUUUGAUCACAACUGUACGUGAUUCGCAUUUGUCGAAGGUUCGGUUGGGUUUGUCGAAGAGGGUGAUGAACUUGGAAUGCUGAAGAAGCGUGGAGAAAGUAAAGUUUUUAAAAUAUUAGAAUUCUUAGACGUAGUCAGACUGACUAAUUCUUCAUCAAAAUGUUGAGAAUUCACAAUGAUUUUAUAGAUUUUCUUUUGUAGUUCUCAGGGGAUUUGAACGAUUCUUUUUGUAAUGUAUAUGAAUUUACUCUGUUUCCUUGCGUUUUUUCCUACACUUUUCAUUUUAACUCCCUUGAAAUCGAAGACAAGUUAAGAGUAGAUAAUCGAGAGUGUUAUUUAUAAGACGAAUAUUAAGUAAAAUUGAUAAUGAUACCACUAGGGAUUGACUACUAUCAUAAUUAUUGCCACUAUAUACUAAGUUUCUAGAAAACCUGAUUAAACAUUGACAAAUUAAACGUUUAAGAUAGACUUAACAUCUUCCCUUGAGUUCUACGCUAAAUACUCAACUACUAAAGAACCAAAUUUCAGAAUUCAAUGAAUUCCUUCAUCUGCUUUUAAACAAUUUUAACAUGAUCGUCCUUCGUCUUUACUUGCAACGUUUUCUGUAUUCAUGUUUUUCAAGUAUUCAUUGUUCAAUUCCAAUCAUUUUAAAGUCCACUUAUAUCGCUCUUUAUUUGUGAAAAAAGAAACUUUGGAAUGUUUCAACUUUUAAGCGAAUGUGACUCGUCUCGGCAUUCUGAGCUCACCAUUCUUCCAAAUCUUCAUAAUUAUGGCUUCCAUCAGAAAGAAACGAAAGAAUGAUAAGAAGAUUGUGAACGAUUGACGAUUGUAAGCUCGACAGAAGAUAGAAGAAUUUUUAUUAAUAAGUCGAACGUUUUAGCGGGGAUCGUUGAUCGAAAGUCAGCACCGCUUAUAGAACGUUUUUGUUAACGCGAGCCUACGACGAAUAAACGAUGUAUCCGUCACUGAAAGAGCCUGUGAAUACGCUCCUACUCGAACUUUGCGACUCUUACCAUUCCAAAAGAUCGUUUUUACAACCUUAAUUCUAUAUUUCGUUAUUGCUGUACAGUAUUGAAUGCGAAAGUUUUAGAAACGCGAAUAAGGACAGCUAUAAUAAAUAAUUUCGACAUAAUGGAUAAAUGCUUAAGAGGUGGAUUAACGAAUACUUGAAAUGUACAAUUCGACUGUAACGUAAUUUGGAUUUGUUAGGUAUCUAAUUUGGAUAUUUGUAAAAUUUAGACUUAUUAGAUAUUUCAUUUUUAGAUAUUUUUCUAAUAAAUCUGAUUUUUAUUCAUUUUUAUUCAGCAAUUAUUCUUCUGUAAUUUUUAUAUUCAUAAUUCGUUUUCUGUUUCCACCUCUUGGUUUUAGAAGACUAUGCUAACGUAAGCCUAACGAAAUAAAACACUCUCACGUUCCAGCGAUUUUUAUAUCAAUUCUAAAUCUUAAGUUCUAUCUGUUUUCUCUUUAUUGUUAUAUUUUUGUUGGUUUUUAUAUUAAGAAAAAAGAACAUAGUGACAAUUCACGUCGACGACUAACAGCGUUCAUGAAUUAAACAACGAAUUAACAACAUGUCGAUCAUUAGAUGUAAAGUUAAGAAUUAAGAAAACAAAUUUACUUCUAGUUGCCUGCUUUUUUUAAUUAACGAGUGACGACAACACUGACCAUUAUGGACACUGGCCGCGACUUAUUCUAAUCGAACUGAAAAGGUAGCUAAACUACGUUAGCCGACUAUCGAUCACUUACUAUGAUAAGUCUAGUUUACGUAUAUUACCACUCAAAAGUAUCUGGACAUUUAUUUAUGUACUCUUGAUAGAUUGUGACUUAAUCGUAAGAUGAAGAAGAAACUUAAUUGGUUUAGUUCUUUAUUGUAAUCGCUGUGUAUGAUAUUAUAAAACGUUACAAUGAAGUUAGUUUCCAAAAGUAGAAUAUUCUGCGACAAAUUUAUUUCAAGAUACUAAUCUUUGUAAAAUAUUCCAUCAUUUUGAAAAUUCUUUAUUUCAUUUACAAGCUGCAAGUCAAAUAAACAAAGUCUUAAAUUAAUAGAAUAUGAAACUAAGAUAUUAUGGAGAUUCAAAGAUACAAUAUAUAUAAUAUAAACAUUAGAAGCACCAAAGUUUCUAUUUGUUUUUGUUUUUAAACAUAAGCAGUUAAUUAUAUAAAAAGUCAAUUUACAGAAGCUUGCUGUUAUUUCAACAUUUGCAAUAUUUACCAAGAACUGUACUCAUCAGUAAAAUUAGUAAUAAUUUUCAUCGGUUUUUACUAGUGUACGUACCAUUAGCAAGUUUUAAAUCAUUUGGAUUUGCCUAAUCUCCAUUGGUUCACAACUCCAUUAAAUUCAUAAAUAUUUCAUUAUUUUCCACUGAUCUACAUUUCAUUAUUUGUAUCUUCAUUAUCAAGCAAAAAUUGAUGUACUAAAUCUAAGUAUCCAGAUACUAAUGAAUGGGUAGUAUAAUCAUUAUUGAUGAUUCUUCAACGAAUUUUGGUCCGUCGAUGAAAACUAAAACUGUGUUCCACGUUGAAAGCCUGACUGCUUGGAAAACGUUUCAUUUUCUAUAUAAUAACGUCGACCUAAGUAGAGUUUUUUAUACGAGUAAUUGUUAAUGUCCAUGAUAUAUGUAUUUAACAGAGGAAAUGUCGUGAGUUUCUGCGUUUUUCUAUGGAAAAAUGAUGUGGUGCCACGUGUUUUCCUGUCUCUUUUAUCGUUUCUCCUUUUUUAUUAAGAUGAAAAUACUUUGUUCAUACGUAUUAUAUAUUAUAUACAGAUUGUAUUUAUAUGUAUAAGAAGCAUGUUAUAUAUACAUAUAAUUUAUAGUAAAGUGAUUGAGAUUCAAUAUA